UUCUGAAAUAUAUGGCUUUAAAAAUACACGGGUUUCUAAAUUCUCCCAAUCGCUUAUAACUCCAGUGUAGACAUCGUUUAUCAUGGCGGCUUGUUGAGUCAAAUUUCGCAGUAUAAUGGAGUCGGAUAGUGUGCCGAAAAACUCUUCUUCUCCGGCUCCUGAAAUAGAUUUACUACCAAAAUAUACUAUCCCUGGCAUUCUACAUUUUAUUCAACAUGAGUGGACGCGAUUUGAAAUGGAUAGGGCGCAUUGGGAGGUCGAGAGAGCUGAACUACAGGUACAAAUCUUACAUCGUAUAUUUUGUUGAUUAUAUCUUGAAAACGUGUUCAUAUCUGGCCUGACAUUUCUAUGAUGUGCAACCCUAACCCUUGGGGAAUAUAGCCGUAGUUUGCUUCAAUUUAGCUAUAAAUUUUCUAGGUGUAAAGUUAGUAUUAAAUAACAGAUGCACGUCUAUCAAAUGUCAAGCCAAAAUGUUCGUGAUUUUCUAAUUAUUCAAAGCUAGUUUAGGCUUCAAAAACUUAUUUAUCAUAGAGCUAGGAAUUGUAAUUUCUUUAUUUGUUUUAUUCUUGUUAUGAUUAUUUGAUAAAGUAAAUAAUACAUGUAUUGACUUGGACGAUUUCUAAAAAUUCCGAUUUUUACAAUUGUCCAAUUUUAAUAACUUGAAAAGAUUUAUCAAUAAUAUCAUAUGAUCAUAACAUUGAUAUGUCACAGUCAUAAGGCAGGGUUAUAUGUACGCAUAUAUUCAGUUGUGUACAAAUAAAAGAUGCUGUAUGUUAUAGUGUUUCUGAGUUGUAUUUCAGGAAAUAAAUAAGUAAAUUCAAUAAUGAAUUUCAGAAUUAUAAAUAGCUUUUGUCAUGAUCCAGUUCAAUGCACAAGUGCAUUUAAAGAAUUUGGUUUUUUGGCCUGGUUUUUUUACUAUUUUUUUUGAAAUUGCCUUUCCAAAUCCAAAAUUGGAUUUGAUAGAGGAAUUGGCACAUCCGCCCCAACUUGUUACCCCUCUGCACCCCCUUAGUAAAUCCAUCCCCACAUUGAGACAUUAGGUUUUAACUGAAGUCGUAUACAUCAAAACAAGGCUCUAUAGCCAAUAUGAUAUACUUUCCAGAAGGAUGUAAAUACCCGAACCAGAGUAGUAAAACAUGUCUUUAAUUAUAUAUUUACAGAGCUUGGAAUAAUAUUCAAAGAUUGUCCGGAAAAAAGUCUGAUGAAAAUGAAAUUUGAUCGGAAUUCAUUUGAUCAGAAAUUUUUGAAUUUGGUUGGACAUCUUUUCUAUUUUAUUUUGACUCCCGGUGUCCAUUGGGUGGUAAAUAAAUAAUACUUUAAAUGCCAAACACCACUAGUAUAUACAGUACAGUAUAGUUAAAUGCUUUUUAAAGUUAACAAUUGUGUAUUCUUUGCGCAAUGAUCAGACUCAUUUGAGCAAUGAUCAGACUCAUUUGAGCAGAGACAACUGAUUGGUAUUUUUGACCGAACAAAAUGUCCAAUCAAUUUAUCAUUUGGUUGGACAAACUGUAAUUUGGUGGGAAAAUGACUUUGAUAUUAUACCUGCUUGCUGUAGAGUCGUAAUUUCAUAUGUUUGUUGGCAUUUUAGGCAAAAAUUGCAUUUUUACAAGGGGAAAGAAAAGGACAAGAAAAUCUUAAACAUGAUCUCAUUCGUAGAAUUAAGAUGUUAGAGUAUGCGUUAAAGCAAGAACGGUAUGUGUUUACUAUUGUUUCCAUCUAAGAAUGAACAGUUGCAUGAGAGUGUCUAUCUAUCUUAUUAAAACAUUGUCUAUUCUUACAUGAAACUUUUGUGAAGGUUUCAUUAGCUCAGACAAUUUAUUAGCAUAAGUAUCUCUAAAUGUGAUCAGAAUAGAUCCUAUAAUACUAUUGUUUGUGGAAACACCACGUAAAUUACUGCAAAGCUUUCAAUCCGUAAGCACGGAUCUUCAUCAGUGCUAAUAAUAUGUGUGACAUAUUAUUAAGUAAACACUGAUGAAGAUCCGGGCUUAUGGAUCGAAAGCUUUGCAUUAGUAAAUUUACGUGAUGUUUCCACUAAAAAUAGUAUUAUAUGUUUUAUUGCCAUGCAAACCUACAAAGAACCUAGAGUAGAUCUUGUUGAAUGUUUUUGACAAAUCUGAAUGUUUCACAUCAGUGGCGAAGCCAGUCAUGGUAACUGGUCAUGCUAUGCUAACAGGGUUUUUUUCAGGGAUUUUUUAGGGCCGUAAAACGGCCCCAAAAACUCAAUCUUGAAUUGAGUUUUGAAACUCAAUCUUCUCAUCAAACUAUUCUGUACAGUACAAUGAAGUUGUUUGAGUUAAAUUCAUGACUUGUGCAAAUUAGUUUUCAGUUGAAAACCCGAAAAUUAAGUAAAAAAUGGCUGGAAUUCAUUUCAUAACACAAGAAAAACAACGCAUUCACCGUCUUUAACCAGUUUAUAGUGUCCCUUAGUGCCCCUGCCUUAACACAUUGCAUCUCAACUGCAUAAAAGUGGGUACAGGUUUCAGCCUCCCAGUAGGGACAGCCUCAGACCCCCCUUCAGCUAAACUCAAUCUUCUCUGCAAAAACGGACCCAAGAAAAAAUCCUGGAAAAAACCCUGGCUAAUAAACCUGCAACUAAAUAGGUUAAAGACAAUACAUUCUAAAACUUUGAAUAAUGCAAAUCAUUGAAAAUUUGCAUAUCAUGACCUGUUGCUAUGGCUAACUUCGCCACUGGUUUCACAUGAUUACAGACAAUGUUUUUAUCUGUGUUUUUAUCUUCGUUAAAUGCAACAGUUGUACUCUCACGGAGGGUCAGAGUUGUAGAGUGGAGGUUGGUGCUUGAAUUUUGCUUAGGAUAAAACCCAAGGUUUAUGAUUAUAUUGUCUAAACCUAUGUUGAAAUACCCAGUGAUCUUCUUGAUUGUCUUGUACUAAGCGGUGACCUGCAGUUUCGACCCUUCUUUAUUCCCGUGGUAUUCUUUCAUUUUUCACUGUUUGUGUGUUGACCUAUCUGACAUGUAUUGCAAUGAUGUUAGCAUAUAAAAAAUAAAUAAGUAUUAUUUUUUUUAUGUAGUGCAAAAUAUCAUAAACUAAAGUUUGGCACAGAGCCAAAUCAAGAAGAUUUAAAACCUCCACAGUUUAAGGACUCCUCUGGACCAGAGAACACUGAAACUCAACAAAAUAGCAAAACAGGUUUAAAUUGGCGACAAGGAAGACAAUUACUACGACAGUAAGUUCGUUAAGAUGUUGUUACAACCAGUAACCACACCCAAUUAAAGCAUAUGACUGCACCAAUGAUUGCUUGUUAAUCCCAAUUAAGCAAACGACUGCACCAAAGAUUGCUUGUUAACCCCAAUUAAGCAUAUGACUUAUGCCAAUGAUUGGUUGUUAACCCCAAUUAAGCAAAUGACUGCACCAAUGAUUGCUUGUUAACCCCAAUUAAGCAUAUAACUUAUACCAACGAUUACUUGUUAACCCCAAUUAAGCCAAUGACUGCACCAAUGAUUGCUUGUUAAUGCCAAUUAGGCAUAUGACUUAUACCAAGGAUUGCUUGUUAACCCCAAUUAAGCAUAACUGCACCAAUGAUUGCUCGUUAACCCCAAUAAAGCAUAUGACUGUACCAAUGAUUGCUUGUUAACCCCAAUUAAGCAUGACUGCACCAACAAUUGCUUGUUAACCCCAAUUGAGCAUAUGACUUGUACCAACGAUUACUUGUUAACCCCAAUUAAGCAUGACUGCACCAAUGAUUGCUCGUUAACCCCAAUUAAGCAUAUGACUGUACCAAUGAUUGCUCAUUAACCACAGUUAAGCAUAUGACUGUUCCAAUGAUUGCUUAUUAACCCCAAUUAAGCAUUUGACUGCACCAAUUGUUAUUCCUAAUUAUUAAUCAUUAAUUUGUGCAGAUUAGUUUGUUAUUAAACUUCAUUAGCAUAAGGCUGCAUAAAUGGCCGGUUCCAGCAUAUUUUGCCGGAGCUGGAGCCGGAGUUGGAAAACUCCAGCAAAAACUCCGGCAGACAAAAUUAUGAAAAAUUAUUUCAUAUUUCAAUGAACUUUUGGUAAUGGAAAAAUUAACUUAAGUGAUUUGAAGUUACUAUAAAGUUUAAUUUCUUGCUCCGAUCCGAUUCAUGGCUUCAAAAAUUCUGCAAGCGCAUUGCUAUAACAGGUGGGAAAUUGUUUUAUUUUAUUAAAAUGAGUGAAAACAAGUUUUUGGGCUUCUCAUUUGGGAAGAAACCAUGGAUGUGCAAGAAUUUAAGUUCGUUUAUUUAAAGGCUAUUGAAAAAUGUCCUGGAUAAGAGACUUUAAAUUGAAAUCGGGUAAUUAUAAACUAUUUAUUUCUACGACGAAAUAUUGACGAAAUUUAACUUUUUCCGAAGAUGCAAGUUGUUUUCACUCCCUAGACAGAUGAAAUUAAAAAACUAAACUCACGGUGGGUUUAAAAUUCAUUUUUCAAGCAUUUUUCUACUCAGAAAUAUCUUUAAAACGUUUAUUUAUGAUUAAAUUCUUGAAAAGACUUGUGCAAAAAUUGUGAUUUUGCUAAAAAUAGGAAAAAGCUAAAUUUUCAACUUAAGAUUGUAAAAAAUCUAGUCGAGAGCCUCAAAACGAGAGUAUCUCUAAAUAUUUGAUACUAAUCAAAGUAUUUUUUAUAUGAAAAUACGGGUUGAUACAAAAAACGGCACAACCGUUUAAUAUAGUCUGUAAUAAUCUGAAUAGGUGCCUCUGAAUAUUCCGCUAGAAAUUGCAUGUGUUUGCUAAUCCUGUUUGUAAAAGCAUAUCCGUUGAAAGACUAGAAUCUAUUGAUUCAGAAAAUAUGAGCAGUUUUGAAAUCAUGCGAAUACGUUUCCCUCUCUCUCCAAUUUAAUACGGGGUGAUUUAUGGAGGUGAAGAUUAGUAAAAUGAAAUAAAAAAAUUAAAAUAUUUUAAAAAUUUGCCGAGAGCCUCAAAACCAAAUAUGGUUUAAACUGCUCCUUAAAACAUAUACUUUAUAUUGGGAGAUAAUUCAUUUAUCUAAAAAUACGGAAUAGUAGGAAUUAUUGGACGUUUCCAUCAGAAUCGGAGGUAGUUCCGAUGUAUUUUAUACAUUUUUUUAGCGUCUGAACGUUCUCUUCGCCUUCCCAAUAAUGCAAUAGAUUAACAAUGUUUUGUUUGCAGAAAAAACGAGACUAAAAACGCCAAUACAACGCUCAAAAAUCAAAUUACUAUAUUUACUCGCCCCAAGUCUCUUUCUCUUAAACCGCGCCAAUUGUAGCGCAUGCGCAGACAAAUUUCCCACCUGUUCAUUGCUAUCGCUUUUGAUACAAAAAUCCGCUGACCCCGAUGUAUUUUGGGCGAAAAUACCACGCUGUCAUGCGGUUUUACUUUCUAGAAAACAUUGUUUAAACAAGCACCGAAGCACGUAUGUUUGAUAAGUAAAGGAGAAAGCUCAAAAAGGAAUAAAAUAAAUUCUGAAAUUACACUGAAAUACUUUCGCCUGCUUCUACUUUUAAAUAUGAAAUUUCCUUAAAAUUUCCUUGCCUGAGCAGGAGCCGGAGUUUUGACUGCCGGAGUUAAAAUAACCGGAGUUUGCACAGCUCUAUCAUUAAUUGCUAUAUUCUUCAGAUAUCUUCAAGAAAUUGGCUAUACCGAUGCCAUACUCGAUGUAAGGUCAUCUCGUGCACGAUCGUUAUUGGGUUUAACCUCAAAUGACCAAGCAAACAAAGCCAAGCUUGGUGAGCCAGCGAAAACCAAUCAUGUGAAUGACUCUGAGGCAGCGACGUCCAAUAAACCAGGACCUGUCAGGAUAGCCUCUGCACCUACAGGGAAAGAUGUUAAUAUUGCAAUCAAAAGGUGGUUGUCUUUUUGUAUAAGUGACAUAAUUUAUAGGGCUGUUUGGUACACCGAUUUUUUCAGAAAUACUUGUGUGGAGUCCAGUGUAGGUAGUAUUCUGCAAUGAGGUGCCGUGGUUUAUGUCUCUGAACGACCUGAAAAAUAUAUCUUAAACAUGGUGGUCCAGUGUAGGUAAUAUUCUACAAUAAGUUGCCAUGGUUUAUGUCUGAACUACCGGAAAAGAUAUCUAAGAUGUAUGUCGGAAAAGAUAUCUCAAAUGUGGGGUCCAGCAUAGGUAGUAUUGUACAAUAAGCUGCCAUUGUUUGUGUCUAAACUGGCUGGAAAAGAUCAAUACAGACACUUCAACAUUUUCCACCAAGUGGGCACAAAGUGCCUUUGCUUGAAAAGUUGAAAUGUUUAAAGCCUUUUGGGAUAGUUCAGGCACAAACCAUGUCUGCUUUUUUACAUCCAUCUCUCAUUUCCAGUCUUCCCAGAGACUCGGAGGAUACGACAAACGAAGAAGAAGCGAUAUCAAAUUUUGACUUCCUCCAAAAUGAAGGUGAAGAUGAAAAUGUGAAUGAAGAAGAUGAUGGUGAUGAUGGUGGGAACGCUGAUGAUGAAUCCGACGAUAGAGAGGACGAGGUCAAGGAGCGACGAGUUGUGAAGAAAGCAAAGCAAGGUGGAUAAUAAUAUAUAAUAUUUAUACAGGAAGCCUAAUAAGUAGUGGAUAAUAUAUAAUAUUUAUACAGGAAGCCUAAUCAGUAGUGGAUAAUAUAUAAUAUUUAUACAGGAAGCCUAAUCAGUAGUGGAUAAUAUAUAAUAUUUAUACAGGAAGCCUAAUCAGUAGUGGAUAAUAUAUAAUAUUUAUACAGGAAGCCUAAUCAGUAGUGGAUAAUAUAUAAUAUUUAUACAGGAAGCCUAAUAAGUAGUGGAUAAUAUAUAAUAUUUAUACAGGAAGCCUAAAUCAGUAGGAGGCCUAAUCAGUAGUAAACAAGGUGGAUCCAAUUUCACAUCAAACGCCGAUUAGCUUAACCCUAGGUUGUUUAUAAGUUUGGAAAUAUUUUUUCAGAAAUCUUGUCUGGAUCAGUAGGAGUUUUCUUCCGUUAACUAGUCUGGUUGAUUUCAUGGAAAUGCCAGAAAAGUGGGAUUUAAGGCAGAUAAGUUGUCUCCCUGUCACAACUGACGUACUGCUUGCUUGUGAUGUUACUCUGAGUGUAUAUAUCCACACCGGGCAAGUUUGAAAAAUAUGCCUGGCCACGGUGGGAAUCGAACCUACGACCUUUGGAAUACUAGCCGAAUGCUCUGCCAGUAUUCCAAAGGUCGUAGGUUCGAUUCCCACCGUGGCCAGGCAUAUUUUUCAAGCCUGCCCGGUGUGGAUAUACACUCAGAGUAACACCACAAGCAUCUUAUUCACCUGAGUGCAUUACACCAACACAUCAAAUAUUACGUACUGCUAUUAGGAUCGCUUAUCAUUUGUUAGUUAGCAAAUACGAGCCUGUACAUUAUACAGAAUAUCGAUCAGUUUUCACUGUUUUUACUGAUCCAAUGUUUUUACUCACUUGAUCACUAUCACAAUAAUUACCAGCACAAAAAUACUAAACGAAUCCCACUUUAAACCUUCCUCGUAUAGUAACUGUAAACCUGGGUGGUACUCGCACACCUGCAGCUUUUUGACAACUCUCAGAAAGGCGAGGCACAACGACGAAUGUACAAUGUAGAUGGGGCGAGACUUACAUCUAAAGUGCUGGUCAACCAGCCGUGGAAAUUCCUAUGAGGGCGUUGACAAGCUCUAUGUGCCUACAUCAAAAUGGUAGAUACAGUACCUAAUGCGUGGGUGCUUUAAUUAACCUAGCAAAGCGAAACCACUUACACCGUUAUUCUCUUCUAUUAUUCUAAUAAAUACAUUUUAACACUUUUUAUGUCUGUGUUUACAGAUGAUUUUGAUGAGACAGUGAUUGGUGAUCCUGAAACAGACCAAGUUUUGGCUGAAUUUGAUUUUCUUGCUGAUGAGAACAAGUCAGAUAUCUCUGAUAAUGAUUCACAGAAUAAAGAACAAGGUAUAUUGAAAUAAUGUACUGUUAUACCCUGAAGAGCAAAAUUAUCAGGUUCGGGUUGUACGAAGGCUAUCCACUGCAUAGUGAAAUUUUCCAACCUUUCUAAAUGGUGCCUAUAUUAGCCUUGAUUAAACUUUACUAUUUAAAAAUUGAAGUCUCGUUUUAUAAAUGGCAAGGUUUGUAUCUGUGGUUUUACCGCUUUUCAGAGAUUUUUCAAAAGAUUGAAAAAGUCACCAUCCAGUGGGAUAUAUAGUGCUAUCCAGCGUUCCUACAACCCUUGGUAUUAAUUUAACAAAAUAAAACAAAAGUAGGGAGUAGUUUGCCUUCAUUGGUUAAAAAAAAUGUAUAGGAUAGCGAGUAGUAGUUCACCCAAUCAGAUUACAAAAUAGCUCAUUUACAGUAGAUGGCUAUAUUACAGAUUGCCUUAAUAUACAUUGCUUUUGUGUUUUUAUAGAAUUAAACGUCGCAAAUUCUCCCUCACCAAAUGUAAGUCAGUCAAGUAAAGGGCAUUUUAAUUUAUGUAUUUCCAUACAGUUCAGAUAUUUCACUGGAAAGUUUUUUUCAAAAUUCUUGCUAUGGGAAUACUAAUAGACCAUUUCCGAAUGACGUCAAUGAUUGUCAAGAACAAUGACACCAAAUCGUUACUCAAUAUUAAAGCCCCGUGACGGUCCACACGUGUUUGGAUUCGUUUGAAAUCCGCUAACAUUUUGUUGCGGAUACACCUUUCGUCCACACGUAUCCGACGAAAACGCACACUGUAACCGAAAACUUUUGAAAACGCUCUCCAGAGUAGAAACUUUUGAAAACGCAAUGAAUCCGGAUACGUGUGGACGCACUGUAACCGGGACGUUUUGAAAACGAUGAUUAGAUAUAUCAAUUAUUUGUUUGUCACAGUAAAUAGUAAUAACGAUUAAGGGUUCAGCUUUUGAUUGACAACUUUUUUGUGAGAUUCCAUGGAAAAAUGACCAAAUAUACGAGCCGUUUCAAAAUUGGGAAAAUGCGAUUUCGAAUGGGAAUUUUUAUUCGUUUCCUAUGCGGUCAUUUUCCUUUAUAAUGAUACAGAAAAAGUAUCAAUGGACAGCUAAAUGCCUGAAUGUUUUGCUGUGUAAAAAUUUUAUCUAUAAACUAUAUCUAUAACGCACGCGAAAAUGCUAAAGUUGGAUUUAAUAUGGGUAAAUAUCAAGAUUUUUGUGGCAUCUUACUCGAAUGAAUAAUAAUAUUUGAUGGGUAUUGUGGAUGGAAAUUGUCGAUUGGAAAUUUAUAUACAUUUAUUAGACCUAUAACCAGGAACAGCUGCGAAAAAUGUAACUGUAGGUCCCUGCCAGGAAUCGAACCUGGCUGCGGCCCUGCGAUUCCGGUGCAGUGCUCGAACCAACUGAGCUACAGAGGCCAGUUGUCGAGCUCUAAUCAGGCCAAAAAAAAAAUAUGUGGGUUUCCGGUUUCCCGACCCUACCUAGCUUUUGGACGUCGAAAUCCCGACCCUAAACUUUUUUAUUGGAUCAUGGUUGUAAGUGUUUCCACUUAGAGGAAAAAGUUUGUGGAAAAUUGAAAUUUGAGGCAAUAUUAGGGAAAUUUAUCUUUGGAUGUGGAAGCACUGACUAAACAAAAUGGCGUCCGCUUGUUCGGAAAAUUAAAAAAAGUUUAAAAAAAAAAGUUAAAACCGACCUACCCUACCUAAGUUUUUAUACGAAGAAACCGGAAACCCACAUAUAUUUUUUUUGGCCUCACAAGUUCAUGUAUGUAUACCGUAUAUAUACUCGCUUCUGUUCCUGGUUAUAGGUUCCACUCGAAAAUUUUCAUCUACAAUACCCAUCAAAUAAAGUUGGAUUAUCUUUUUUUGAUCUGAAUAAAUAAUAUUUUUCAUAAUAUGGAUUUCGCUCGUUUUUCUAGUGUUUAUCAGUAAAUGCACGUACUUUUUUCUAGGACGAGUGGGGAGUGGACUCUAGCACGCUAGCCAAGCUUAAAGAACAAUAUAAGAAAGACGUCAAGCGAAAAAAGAACCAAAAACGU